AUUCACAACUAAAAUAAAAAAAAAAAGCGUGAAGUCACUGAAGUGGGAAAUGAAGCUGAGCACGAACAAUUCCAGACGUUCGACCCAUGGUCCAGAGAACACCAUAUUAUUAAUGUUUAAUAUUAGGCGCCGUCACAAAUACUAUCUUAACUAGCACAAAAUAAACAAACACCGCGCUAUCUUCUCUUCUCAUUUCUCUGCUAUUUUCAACAAACUAUUGUUGUCUGUGUAAAAAAAAAGUGUUGGGAAUGGAAGUGGAUGACACGGUUUGCUCAAUCGACGCUAAGUUCGCAAAUGAAGUCUCUGCUCUUCUCAAUCCUCCUCACCCUCUCCAUCUUCAGGAGUAUUUUGAUAAUGUUAUAUCAAGGAGGCAAUGCCGUGGUAUUAAAGUGAAACAAAAUGGAGAGCUUGGAAAGGGUUUAUAUGCUGACUUGGACUUUAAGGAAGGAGAGCUUGUUUUGAAAGACCAAAUGCUUGUGGGAAUACAACAUUGUUCAAACAAGAUCGACUGUUUAGUGUGUAGCUUCUGUUUUCGUUUUAUUGGCUCCAUAGAACUUCAAAUUGGAAGGAGACUUUAUUUGCAAGAUUUAGGAGUUUCUGUGAAUCAUGAAUCUGAUCUGGAGACCUUUAAACACAUACCGGAAGAUUGCUGCCAAACUGAUUCCUCUGAUGGAGAAGACAAUUCCCUUAUGAACAACCAUGACAACUUGGGAAAUUGUGCUUCUAGCAGUUCCAAAGAGAGAUUUCCUCUCCCUAGAGAGGUUGUGGAAUCAUUAAUGAAUGAGGAAUUGGUGUUGCCUUACUCCAAAGAGUUCUCCUUGCCUCCACUUGUUCGAUGUGCCGGUGGCUGUGGAGAAGCUUACUACUGCAGCAAAUCAUGUGCAGAGGCUGAUUGGGAAUUGUCUCAUUGCCUACUUUGCACUGGGGAGAGUUCAAAAUCAUUAUGUCGGGAGGCACUUCUAAAAUUUAUGCAGCAUGCUAAUGAUACAAAUGAUAUUUUCCUUCUUGCUGCAAAGGUUAUCUCUUCCACUAUACUAAGGUAUAGGAAGUUGAAAGUGACUCAUCUCGAAGAAAGGGAGAAGUGUGCUACACCUAAUGUUUCAGACCAUUCUGAUAUAUCUUUACUCUUGGAGGCAUGGAAACCGAUAUCAAUGGGACACAAGAAAAGGUGGUGGGAUUGCGUUGCAUUGCCAGAUGAUGUUGAUUCUUCUGAUGAAGCUGCUUUCAGGAUGCAGUUAAAAGAGCUAGCAUUCAAAUCACUGCAGCUUCUCAAGGCAGCCAUCUUUAGCAAGGAAUGUGAAUCAUUGUUUUCCCUAGAGAUCUAUGGGCAAAUUAUUGGCAUGUUUGAACUGAAUAAUCUUGAUUUGGUUGUAGCAUCCCCAGUGGAGGAUUACUUUUUAUAUAUUGAUGAUCUUCCAUAUCCUGAAAAGCAAGAAGCUGAGAAAGUUACACGACCAUUUCUUGAUGCUCUUGGAGAUGACUAUUCAGUUUGUUGCCAGGGUACUGCAUUUUUUCCUUUGCAAAGUUGUAUAAACCACUCCUGUUGUCCUAAUGCGAAAGCAUUUAAAAGAGAAGAGGACAAAGAUGGCCAAGCAAUAAUUAUUGCACUCAAACCCAUUUGCAAGGGGGAAGAGGUUACAAUUUCAUAUGUAGAUGAGGACCUUCCAUUCGAGGAGAGGCAGGCAUUACUUGCUGAUUAUGGUUUCAAAUGCCAGUGUCCCAAGUGCUUAGGAGAAGAGCAAUAACCAACAAAUUGCCUACACUUAGAAAAGCCAUGAUACCUGUACAAUAUUACCUUUGAAAGAACAUUAAUGGCACCACAUCAAGCUACCGAGAUUUUUUUUUUCCAGAAUUUUGGUUUCUGAUAGUUGUGUUUUAGACAGUCCUUAUUCAGAAUUGACGAUAAUGUUGAUAUGUGAAAAUUGAAUACUUAAUCUUUU